AUGAAAAAAUUAAUAAAAAGUCAUCAACAAAAAAUUGAAAUCGCCCAGAGUGAAAAAUUAUUGCGUGAUCUUGACUUGUAUUAAAAAAUAUUUCUAUAAACAAAAUACGAAAAUAAAAAAUAAGAAUCUUUAGCAAUUAGAAGACUCUUACCAAAUAAAUAAUAUUCGUAGCAUUAAUAACAAUCAUAAUAAUAAUUCAAUAAUCCGAACCCCCACUGUUUUAACACAUAAUUUGAUCAAGAUACUAGUUAUUCUAACCAUUAAAAUUAAGUAAUAAUUCAUAUGACUUUAGGAAAGAAAAAGAAAAAAGAUGGCUAUCUCAAUGAUUGAUUGUCCAAAGAUUUUCAAAAUAUCUAAUAAAACUCAAUAUCCCCCCUAAAAUAAAUCAGUAUAAUCUUUAAUGUAGAAGAUUGUUAUCGUAAACCAUUAAGGUAGACCAUAAACCUAUUACAUGAAGUGA